AAAAACAUUAUAGUUUUGGGUUUGCAGUUUUUCAUGGUGUUUAAGAUUAGUUUUGCAUCCCCCCUCCCAAAGAAAAACCCAGUAUAACUUUAAAUAGUAAACUUUUUUAAAAGACAUUUUUUUCCUUCAAAGCAACUGUCUUAAUUUGUAUUAUCCCAUAGCUUGCCUUUAUUACAGUUAUUUGUGUGCAUAUUUUAUGCCCUUUAGUGAGUUCUUCAGGACCAGUCAAAUCUCAAACAUUUACAAAUAGUGAUGAAAGCACCGAAUUUGGAUGUGUGUGGAGGAUGUGCUGUAGUUGACCCCAAUCCUUUCUGAGUAGUAAAACUAGUUGUUUGCCAAUGAUGCACUUGACUUGAAUUUUAGCCAGAAUACUGAUUACGUAAAAGAGACUUCUGUUGGUAGAACUUUUUUUUUUUUUAAAAGGCCUGUGUUUGUGAAUGGUUACCUCAGGAAAAGUAAAUAUUUGUCAAAAUAGCAAGAACAAAUUUACUCCUCAAGUUGAAUAUUUUAAGUGGCUUUUGGAUGACUUUACACUGACUAUUCUUUUAGAGUAAGAAAAUAGUUUUUAAGAGCAUAGGCUAAAUUAAUUUCAAAAUGGAGCCUUUUGUGGAAAUUCUACUGUAGGUGUGUUCUAAUGUAGAUGGAUGGGCUAGAUGGAGAGAGUAAUGGUAGCCUGAAGGACUCUGUUAAUUAUGUGGAUGAAACCUUCAGUGUUAGAAUUCUAGCUUGCCAAGAGCAAUUUGUUCUCAUUUCCUGGACCUGAGUAUGGGCCUCAGGUAGAUGCAUGAUAGCAACCUGGAACACAUUAUUUUGACCUUUAAAGGCCAUUAGAUCUAAUGAAGUAAACUCUUGAUGAAGAGAUGAGUUCUUCUAGAUGAGGUCAGACAGUGAACACCCCCUCUUAGAGUUAGACUCAACUUGGUCAGGGAUAGGUGAUCCCAUAGUCUUGAUCACUUGCUACCUUGACUCCCUCAGGAGUCCUAAGUAAGACUGACCUCGUUUAUUAGACAAAGGCCCACAGGAUGCCUGACCUGGGCUAGGUUCUAGGAAUGCAAAGUGAAUUUUACUGUUUUUUAAAGGAGCUUAGAGUAUAGACUUACAGGCAUAAAAACAAGUGGCCUGAAGUGUUAGGACCCGUUACAAGUCUGCACAGUCCCGGGGAGUCUUUAGGAGGCACUUAAAUGGUAACUUCUAUAGGGAAGGGUGAAAAAAAGCUAAUGUGGAUGCUAAUUAUGCCUAGAAAAAAUAACCAAAUGUUAAUGGUUGUCAUGCAAGUGUAAAAUUGCAGGUAGUUUUCUUGUCUGUGUUUUCUAAUUUUUUAUCAACUGAAAAAUGGUGUGUGUGUGUGUGUGUCUUUUUAAACAGUUUUAAAAAGAAAUCAUGGCACUGUUGAUUCUGAUAUUUCAGAAACUGGCUAGUUUUAAGGGCAAAAGGGAACUGAGUGGCCAUUUUGUGCUGGAUUUGGCACAAUAACAUUAACCCAUUGAAUCCUCAGUAACGCUUCAACCUCAUUUUACAAAUGGGGAAAUUGAAGCUCAGAAAGAUUGACAGCAUCACCCAGAGUUGCUCUUAAGAACCACAGACAGAAUUUAAAAUCCUGGUCUCCAAACUCUGUAUUUUCCACUUGAUUCUCCUGGUUUUGAAACCUCUGGGGAAGAGGAUAUUAUUGAUGUUGGCUAUUUUCAAGUCCAUCUUAAUUCUGCUGUAAGAUUUCUCAUACAGUGCCAAGCACAGUAACUUGAACACAAAAGGUUCUUUAAUAGAAAUGCAUUUACAGGAUUUUGAUAUGUCAAGGCACAUCUAGUUUCUGACCUUUCCCAGUCGAAUUAAAUAUCCAGACUUCAUCUUAAAAACCUUAAGAAUAGCUGACCCAGUGGUGUACGCCUGUGGUCCCACCUCCUCCUGAGGCUGAGGCAGAAGGAUCCCUUGAGUUUGAGGCCAACUUGGGCAACAUAGCUGAGACUCCAUCUGAGAUUUUGGACUCUCUGCAGACUGUCCCUGGAUCGUGGGUUAAAAAUCUGUAUUCUGGUCUGAACCGUGGGAAGAAAAAAUAGUCGAUCUGGUUUUUCUGCUUGAAGGACACAAUGUUUUCCAAACUAGCACAUUUGCAGAGGUUUGCUGUACUUAGUCGAGGAGUUCAUUCUUCAGUGGCUUCUGCUACAUCUGUUGCAACUAAAAAAACAGUCCAAGGCCCUCCAACCUCUGAAGACAUUUUUGAAAGGGAAUAUAAGUAUGGUGCGCACAACUACCAUCCUUUACCUGUAGCCGUGGAGAGAGGAAAAGGUAUUUACUUAUGGGAUGUAGAAGGCAGAAAAUAUUUUGACUUCCUGAGUUCUUACAGUGCUGUCAGCCAAGGGCAUUGUCACCCCAAGAUUGUGAAUGCGCUGAAGAGUCAAGUGGACAAAUUGACCUUAACAUCUAGAGCUUUCUAUAAUAACGUACUUGGUGAAUAUGAGGAGUAUAUUACUAAACUUUUCAACUACCAGAAAGUUCUUCCUAUGAAUACAGGAGUGGAGGCUGGAGAGACUGCCUGUAAACUAGCUCGUAGGUGGGGCUAUACCGUGAAGGGCAUUCAGAAAUACAAAGCAAAGAUUGUUUUUGCAGAUGGAAACUUUUGGGGUAGGACGUUGUCUGCUAUCUCCAGUUCCACAGACGCGACCAGUUACGAUGGUUUUGGACCAUUUAUGCCGGGAUUCGACAUCAUUCCCUAUAAUGAUCUGCCUGCACUGGAGCGUGCUCUUCAGGAUCCAAAUGUGGCUGCGUUCAUGGUAGAACCAAUUCAGGGUGAAGCAGGCGUUGUUGUUCCGGAUCCAGGUUACCUAAUGGGAGUGCGAGAGCUCUGCACCAGGCACCAGGUUCUGUUUAUUGCUGAUGAAAUACAGACAGGAUUGGCCAGAACUGGUAGAUGGCUGGCUGUUGAUUAUGAAAAUGUCAGACCUGAUAUAGUCCUCCUUGGAAAGGCCCUUUCUGGAGGCUUAUACCCUGUGUCGGCAGUGCUAUGUGAUGAUGACAUAAUGCUGACCAUUAAACCAGGGGAGCAUGGAUCUACAUACGGUGGCAAUCCACUAGGCUGCCGAGUGGCCAUCGCAGCCCUUGAGGUUUUAAAAGAAGAAAAUCUUGCUGAAAAUGCAGAAAAAUUGGGCAUUAUCUUGAGAAAUGAACUCAUGAAGCUACCUUCUGAUGUUGUAACUGCCGUAAGAGGAAAAGGAUUGUUAAACGCUAUUGUUAUUAAAGAAACCAAAGAUUGUGAUGCUUGGAAGGUGUGUCUACGACUUCGAGAUAAUGGACUUCUGGCCAAGCCAACCCAUGGUGACAUUAUCAGGUUUGCGCCUCCGCUGGUGAUCAAGGAGGAUGAGCUUCGAGAGUCCAUUGAAAUUAUUAACAAGUCCAUCUUGUCUUUCUGAGGGUAGCCAGCUGUUUUCAGAGCGAGUUGGAGACAGGUGGUCCUGUAAAAGCUUUGUUCUUAAUGUGGGCACAUUCCACUCCCAUGAGUCUUCAAAAACUUUUUUUUUGGAAUAUAUGUUUUUUUCAGUUGAUACAUAAUAGAACAACGUUUCUGACCCUGCCAUUUGCUUUGUAAUGUAACUAAGAGAAUGUAAUGGCAUAUAUAUUCAGUGAAAGUGUUUUGAUGUGCAUGUGUACUUUCUAAGUGAAAUGCAUCUAUAUACAAACAGCCUCUAAAUCAAGUUCUUCAGUAUAAUUUAUAUAUGUUUUUAUAAUUUCCUCACUGGUAUAAGUGUUUCAUAUUUGAAAAAGUUAUCUCUGGGGUAUUACAUAAAAGGCUUCACCUUAUAAAAUGAAAUCAUUGUUAUUGAAUUUUAGGAAGGAUUAACGGUUAAAUGUAUGUAAAAUACUAACAUUAAGUAAACUUCAUAUUGGCCAACACCAGGGUUGUAUUCUAUGGAUGUCAUUAUUUUGAAUGAAGAAUUAGUGUUUAACAUUCCUAAAAUGUUUGAGUGCUUGAUUAUAAUUUGUAAAAAAUGUUUAUUUUCAAUAUUUCUUUAAAUUUAAAAUAAAGCUUAUAUUUCAGAUGUC